GGAGACUUCGUAUUUGAUCCUCUGGGAUUCGGAUCGGAGCCGGAGUCGCUGCGGUGGUUCGCGCAGGAGGAGCUGAUGCACGGCCGGCGGGCAAUGCUGGCGGCAGCCAGGAUCCUGGUCCCGGAGGUCCUGCACAAGCGGGGCUUCAUGGACGAGUUCUCAUGGUACACGGCCGGCGAGCGUGAGUACUUCGCGGACCCAUGGACGAUGUUCGUGACUCAUAUGGCGCUCAUGGGGUGGGUAGAGGGCCGGCGGUGGAUGGACUACCUCAACCCGGGAUCCGUGGACAUUGAGCCGCGGUUCCCCAACCGCAGGAACCCCACCCCGGACGUGGGGUACCCGGGCGGGUUGUGGUUCGACUGGGGCAACUGGGGCCGCGGCUCGCCGGAGCACGUCAUGGUGCUCUGCACCAAGGAGAUCAAGAACGGCCGCCUCGCCAUGCUCGCCUUCGUCGGCUUCCGGUUCCAAGUCGUCUACACCGGCAAGGGCCCCCUCGACAACCUCUUCGCACACCUCGCCGACCCCGGCCACUUCAACAUCUUCUUGGCGUUCACGUCCCACUGA